UCGUUUUCUUCUUGUGUGCUUUUAAAAAAGAUAAUUUAAUUUUGUGAAUUCUAAGGAUUAAAAUGAAUAUUGUUUGUAUUAUAUGCAGUGAUUUAUUAGUACAAUCAGAUGAUGUGUUUAAUACACCUUGUGGUCACGUUUUUCACUUUUUGUGCUUAGUAAGGUGGUUGGAAAGAUCAAAAACAUGUCCACAGUGUCGAGAGAAAACUGAUCAAUCUAAAAUACAUAGAAUAUAUUUUAAUUUUUCUAAUGACACCAUCGUUGAAGAUUCAACUUACUUACAAGAAAAAGUUGAUAAACUUGGGUUUCAAAUUUUAAUCAAGGAUAAAGAACUCAAACAUUAUAGAGAACAAAAUCAAACUUGGGAGCAACACAAUUCUGAACUGCGAUGCGAAGUUAGAAAAGCUGAAAGUCAAGUACGUGAGAAAGAAAAUGCUAUUCAUGCCCUAAAAGAGCAACUAAAGUAUUUUAAAAAACAAUGCACAGAAGUAGAUGUUCUUAAACAGGAAACAACUAGGUUGAAAAAGAAAAUUACAGAUUUGCGAAGUAUACAACUUUUAAUGGAUGCUCCUGUCGAAGAUGUUGACGACAUGGUUUCAAAAACAAAAGAUCCCAGUACGCUUAUCACAUACGUAUCUAUAAUGAAAAGGGAAAUGGAUAGGUGUGUGGGUAAACGGAGAGAGUUAAGAACUAAAUUGCAAGAUGUACAGCAGGAACUUACUAAAACUUCUAUGGAACGUAAUUUUCUAUUGGAAGAACGAGAUAAACGGAAAUUAUUGGAAGCUGAAUUAACGGCUUKUGUAGCUGAAAAAGUAAUAUUACAAAAUAAACUUCAAGAUCUUGAAAAUAAUGAAAAAAGUAAAGCAUGUGUAUCACAUACGAUGAAAACAAAAGAGAGUCAUCAAGAUUCUAGUAAAACGUCUAAAGAAGAAGUUAAAAAUACUAAUAAAACGGAUAUCAAAAAUGAUAAAAAGAGUGCUGAAAAGAGAAAAGCAAAUAUCACGAAGGAGGAGUCUGAAAUAAGUUCUCCUAAUGUUCCUCUUAAAUCAAAAGGCAUUUUAGCUUUAAAGGAACAAUAUGCAACACGAAAAGCUAUAAAACCAACAUUUUCUAUUUUAAAAAAAAGACCAAGAUUAUCUCAUAGUUCUACUGAAUCUUUAAAAAGUGGUCCAAUCACAUAUGAUGGUUUUGGUGGUCAUUCAAAAUACGAUAAAUUUCCUAAUCCUAAUUCUAAAGUACAGAACAUGAAAGAUUACUUGUCGAAACCACAGGAAGAUAAUCAAAACUUUACUAGUUUACUUAUUUAAUUCUAGACCAUGAUAUUUUAGUUAUUUCAACAUUCUAUUUUU